GGAACAUUCGCACAUUGAAGCUUACCGAUUAAACGCAUGUGAUUGGCCGGAUUGAUCCCCACCAUAUGCCUCAAUUCCAACAUCUCGAGCUUCAUUAAGCUCCUCAAUAGCCGGACUAUAUCAUCAGAGAAGCCAAUUGGCAUCCCGCGACCACACACGACCCAACAUGCACGUCCUCCGAACGAGAGUGGCUUGCGUAGCCAGGCGAUCACGACCGACGUCCCUACGAAUAUCCCGCUCUUACGCCUCCUCCAACGGCCCCGAUGACCACGGAAACGAGUUAAAGGACACCCUCGGCGGCGACCACGGCGACCACGGCCACGAUAGCCACGGUCAUGACCACCACCAUGACCACCACCACGCCCCCGAAGUACCCGAAGGGCUAGGCACCGGCUUCUACGUCUUCGCCGCCGCCGCCCCCUUGGCUUUCCUCGGCUACCAGGUCACGCGGCCGGGCGCCGACGGCGAACCCUCCACCGCCACGACCUGGCUGCGGAAGUUCGACUACUUCAACGACUACGAGGAGCGCAACGCCCUGCGCACCAACCUGCUCGACCAGGCCUCCCACGACAAGCACCUGUUCAUGUACGCCGGCAAGAACCCGCACAUCGAGCUCAAGAUGCCUGAAUUAAUCGACUCGGGCUCGCCGUGGAACGUACCCGCGGGCUUCUACCCCAACCUCAGCCACGUGACGGAGCACUACCGGAAACAAGCCGCCGAGGAGGAAGAGAGGAAGUUCAAGAAACUCCAGCUACUAGCGGCGAAGGCGGAGGCGGAGGCGGAGCAGAAGAAGGAAGCGGCAGCGUGAGGGACCCAGACGUGACAUCGUCAUAUACACUAUCUCAUCCUCAUGCGGCGGACGUACAUAGCAUAGACCAAGAAUCCAACGCGCAGAUGGCUACCUACCUAAGGAGUAGCUACUUUUUGUUUUGUUAUUCGCUGGCUAUUCGCAGCGCUAAGGAUUUCCGCAAGUGAGAGUGAUAUACGUGUUGUCUUAUAUUACUCGGGCCAGGUUCAGAUGGUACUAAUGGCCUAAGUAAUCCGGUGACCUAUAUAUCCAUGCCAGUGUAUUUGGUCCUCGAGUAUUGCUUUCUAUCUACUACUUAGCAUCCUGUCUGUAAGCGGAUCAACG